CCCCGCUCUGUCUCUCCAUCUAUCCCGCUCUCACUCUCCUCCCCCUCUCUCCUUCUUACCUUCAGUGUUUUCCUCCAGAGACUCCCAGUUUUUGAACACCACGCCGUUCUUACCUUCUGGCCCUCCACCCAACACGCACAGAGAGAGAGAGAGACACAGCAGCAUGCCUCUUCUCCGAGCACCCCUGUUGGCUAUUCUGGUCAGCAUGGCCCUGUGCCAGUAUUAUGACUAUGACUACCAACCUCCUCCCAUGAUCGGGCUUGGACCAUCAGGACCCAACUGUAAUCAAGAAUGCGACUGCCCGAUCAACUUCCCCACCGCCAUGUAUUGCGAUGAUCGCAAUCUGAAGUUCGUCCCCGUAGUCCCGACAGGAAUCAAGUACCUGUACCUUCAGAAUAACCAGAUUGAAGAGAUCAAGGCAGGAGUGUUCGACAAUGUUACUGCUGAUCUCCGCUGGCUCAUACUGGAUCACAACCAGAUCACCAAUGCUAAAGUGGCAAAGGGCACGAUCGACAAACUCACUGGCCUGGAGAAGCUUUUCUUCAGCUUCAACAACCUCACAGAACCCGUCAUCCCUCCCUCCAAGACUCUGGAGGAACUGAAGAUGACCAACAACAAGAUGACCAAGUUCCCGUCCGGACUCUUGAAUGACAAGGAAAACCUGACCUCUGUCAACCUGCAGUUCAAUCAGCUAUCCAACGAAGCCAUUACAGGCGCGUUCAAGGGGCUGAAGAAGCUGCUGUCUCUGGACGUGAGCCACAACAAACUGAAGAAGCUGCCGGCUGGAGUCCCCAGCUCAGUGGAGAUCCUCUACGCUGACUACAAUGACAUUGACAGUAUCGGAGCCGGAUACCUGAACAAGCUUCCCUCCUUGCAGUACCUGAGGAUGUCCCACAAUAAGCUGGUGGACUCUGGGAUCCCCGGCGGAGCCCUCAAUGUGUCAUCGCUGGUGGAGCUGGACCUGUCGUUCAACAAGCUGAAGUCCAUCCCUGAGAUCAACGAACACCUGGAGCAGCUCUACCUCCAGGCCAACGAGAUCAACAAGAUUGACAUCGCGAGUUUCUGCAAGACCACUGGACCCCUCAACUACUCUCGCCUGAAGCAUCUGCGCCUGGACGCCAACAACGUCACGCACCUCAACCUGCCCCUCGACGCCGGCAACUGCCUGCGCCAGGCUUCAGAUAUCAUGUUUGAAUAAGGACCUCCCCCACAUGUAUGACCUCUCCCUGACCCUCCCCUCUGCUUUCAUUAGACGGCUCAGCCCCGAGUUCUGUGGAUCUAAACGGCAUCACGUCCCGCCUCCAUCGGCUUCCGUGUCUUAGCACUGACACUGACAAAAUCACAUGCACAUCUGGGAUAUUGUAAUAAUCUCUUUCCAUCAAUUAUAUAUUGUUUGAACAAGCUGCAGAUAGACAGCGGGGCACCGAUAACAUAGACAAGCUAUGAACACCUUAACAUAUGCGGCGAGUCCAAAAUUCUCUCUCUUCUCUUUGUGAUUGUGAAUGAGACUAAAAAGGAAAAGAUGAAUAAAAACAAUAAAAGUGAAAAUACCAAAAAAUUUAAAAUGUAUUCUUAUACAUAAUUAAGAACACACACUUCACACAUUCCCAACAUAGAUUAGAUUACAUGUAGUACACGUCCAGUGUCUGGUUGUGUUGUCUGUCUUGUAUGUUCCAGUGUUUAGCAUGUGUAAUGUAAUGGGAGGUACAGGAACGAGUCCAUUGCUGUGCAGAGGACCAGCAACAAAGGACUGUAGAUUCUGUGUGUACUGCCUUUGUGGGAAUAAAGCCAAAUAUUCAGUAUCUUAAACUCUCUGUUGAUGCACAUGACACAAUGCCCCUGACUGCAACGUCAGCGCGUCAUGUUAUCCAGACUCUUUUGGGGGGAAUUCCCUCUCGCUUUACUCAUUUACAUAUUUCUAUGUGUGGCGUUUCGAAUGACAUUAGCCUUAAAAAGUAAACACUUCCACUUUCUUUUCCACAAAUCCCAUUUUGUUUUUCAUCUUUGUUGCUGUAACUUUGUUUCUAUCUGUCCACAUGCACUUUGCUGAUUUGUAUACGUUUGCAUUGCCUGCAUGCAUCCAAUGGAACCAUUCUUUAAUAAUAAACUUUUGCAGCGAAGGUCCUCUCAUUGGUCCUCUAUGAUACUCAGACCAGUCAACUUCAGAUUAAGUCAUGUUAUUACAAGAUUUACAUGUUGUUUCAGUUCAGUUUGUCAUUUCAUCAUCUUCAUCCUUUUGUGGCCUUUGCUUCAGUAACUGCUCUUGAAUUGAUUGUGAGGAAACCAAACGCAGCUGAAUAAACUAUGUUUCAAACGUA